AUGGAGGAGGAGAAGAACAGACUGAUGGAGGAGGAGGAGGAGAACAGACUGAUGGAGGAGAAGAACAGACUGAUGGAGGAGGAGAAGAACAGACUGAUGGAGGAGGAGAAGAACAGACUGAUGGAGGAGAAGAAGAACAGACUGAUGGAGGAGGAGAAGAACAGACUGAUGGAGGAGGAGAAGAACAGACUGAUGGAGGAGGGGAAGAACAGACUGAUGGAGGAGGAGAAGAACAGACUGAUGGAGGAGGAGAAGAACAGACUGAUGGAUGAGGAGAAGAACAGACUGAUGGAGGAGAAGAAGAACAGACUGAUGGAGGAGGAGAAGAACAGACUGAUGGAGAAGGAGAAGAACAGACUGAUGGAGGAGGGGAAGAACAGACUGAUGGAGGAGGAGAAGAAC